AUGUCUCAAUCAUCUUCCAUCUCCAUCGGUGCCAGCAUCAACACUGCUGCUGCAGUCAGUAGCAGCAUCAACCCCUUCACUGAAAGCCAAGUUCCUCUUGCCAUCAUCAAGAACCUUGCGAUGCACAGUGCCAAUGCUCUUUCAAACCCUGAUGAUGCUUUCCCAUCUCCAGUAGCUGAUGACCUUGCUCCUUCUGAUGCCAUUGACAGUGAUGAUGACUUCACUUUGCUGCUCCCUGCUGCCAACCAGACUGCUCUUGCUGCUCCAGUUGAUCUGAAGGUUGCCAACCAGCUUUGCAGCUUCCGCCUCCGCCUCCUCCAGCACCCUUCUCUUCUCCUCUGCACUUGCCCUGAGUGCACUCACCACCUGCCGCUCAUCCCAACCUAUGCCAAUGUGUCUCAGCACCUCAAGUCCCACCAUCAUCCGCUCACCAAGACUGGCAUCAAGCUGUUGGAGGAGACACUCCUUACUCUCAACCUUGUCAGCCCUGCUACUGUCAGCAUCAACACCAAUCUACUCCCCAUCAACCUCAUCAAGGAGCUUGAUACAUUUGAUGGCUACUGUUGCAGUAUCUGCGAGUAUGCUGUCAAGUCGAGCUCCUCUGCAUACAAGCACCAGCGCAGCAGCCAUGAUGGCAAGGCUUCUGUCAUCCACCCUGUUCUCAUUCAGCCCAUCUUCACCAGUGGUCCCUUCACCCGCUAUGUGUGGGUCUUCAACAGCAAGCUCGAGCCUACACCCCCUCCUGUUGCCUUCAACAUCAACACCAACAUCAACACAGAGGAGGAUGCAGCUUUCAAGGAGCAGCUGGAAGCAUUCUUUGCCAAGGAUGCAGAGCUAAUGGCAAAGGCAGAUCUGGACAUGGAGGGCAUUCAACCACGAACUGUGACUGGCAAUCUCAGCCCAUGGCUCAAGCAGCUAGGCUGGCAGGAGUACUGGGCUGGCAAGCCAGUGGCAGCCAUUGGUUCCCUUGGCUGCAACCCUCACAAGUGGCCAGGUGCCCACCAGGACUUCCUUCACUGGCUGCUUGGCAUGACACAACAGUGUACGCAGCAGUGGAUGGAGGCACUUCUUCAAUCUGGCCGCCAGGUGCAGCAAACCUUCCAUGCCUUUGAUGACACCCCUAGCCAUCCAUACUCCCUUGAUCAACCCACAGUCAUCAAGUGUGCUGACUGCUGGGCAAUGCUCAUCACCAUGCUGGCUCAUGUCAUGCUAGAUGGCAAGGUUCUUGGCUACUAUGGUGAUGAUGAUCAGGAUGCACACCUUGGCAUCAGUGAACAGCUUGCAGGGCUCUUUGAGGACCUUCAGGACCUCUUCCAUGAUCCCAAUCUGGAUGUUGAUGUCUCCAUGCAUCCUGAUGUGGUUUUGCAAGCAUUUAGUGGCAUCCAGUCGAUCAGUGUCUACCUCAUCACCCAAGAUCCUCCUGCCUAUGGUGAGCUGGAACGUCUUCCUCUGCUACGCACCUUCCUCCACCUCUGCCUCUCUCCUGAUGGCACAUCCAAGCCAGUCAAUACAGCAACCUCGAUCCUGGUCAACUUGGAGUUUGCAUUCUGUGCAGUGAUGCAUCACCACCUUCUCCACCCAGAGCAUGGCACUCUCAUUGGCAAGCCAGUCCCAGAGAUCAACAAGGGGGUUCAAGCAGUUAUGAAGCAUUACCUGUUCAACAACAGCUACUCGGCAAGUGCUCAUCUGCAAUCCCUUCUCUGCUAUGGGACCAAGCUGGCUAAGGAUGAUGGCAGCAGCCUCUACUUCCGGUGGUCUGAGGAUAGGACACUGGUGACUUAUGGCACCAACACAAUCAAGAUCAGCCACCUUCACACCCUUGUCCAAGGCACCUUGGACCAUGCCACCUCUCUGUUGGAGCAGCUGCUGCUGAAGGAUGGUGCCUUGUCCAAGCAUGUGGAUCUGUCUACAUACAAGGACCACUUCUGCAACAGGGAGCCGGGCUACAGCUUUGUUACUGCUACAAAGCAAGAUACUGGCACCUUUUGCCUCCAUCAGGCUCUCAAAGGCUUUCCUCAGCAUCAACCACUCCUUGAUACUUGCUCAGCAGAGCCAGAGUUUGACAUGGCUGCUGCCCAUGCCUACUUUGCCCUUCACAAUGAGUUCAACAAGCUCCUUGCUGUGCUCAUUGAGCUCACCAGUGGUCUGCCGGCAAGAGGCACAGAGCUGGUCAAGCUGCAGCACACCAACACAUUGGUCAGCCAGCACAACCUCUUCCUUGCUGAUGGUCACUUUGUCACUGUGCUUGCCAGCAACAAGGGCAAAGGUCCAUCCAAGCUCAUCCCUCACUUCCUCCCUCAUGCUGUUGGCCAGCUGGUGCUCUUUUACGUCAUGGAGGUAGUGCCUUUCCUGCACCUCCUCUUCAACUCAGUAGAAGUUGCACAGGAGCCAAGUGCUCUCCUCCUUGUCAAUCACAGGGGUCAGCCAUGGCAGACCAAUGACAUCAGCAAGACAUUACAGAGUCUUUGUCAGGAGUUUGUUGGCCCAUCAGCAAGUUCUCUCCACAUAUGCAACUGGCAGCAGCUGUCAGUCAGCAUUGACAAGGUGCUCAUCUGGCCUGGCCUUCCCUCAGAGGAGUAUGCUGACCAUUCUCACGACUUGCAAGCUGGUCACUCCACGUCUACUGCUCAGCAGCACUAUGGUCUGGACAGCAGCAUGCUACUUGAACUGACACAGGAGAGCUUGGAUUGUAUGCUCUCUGUCUCCAAGAGGUGGCAUGCAUUCUGGUGUCUGGCUUCACACUACCAGGAUGCUGUGCAGCCAUUGGAUGCAGCAGCACCUCCUCAGGCAGGCUCUGCAUGUGUCAAUGCUGCCUUGCCUGUGGAUCUCAAGUGCAAGUUGGACAAGUUGGACAAGUUGGAGGAAGAUGUCUAG